GCUGAUUUCUACGUAGAUUGCCGCCAUUACGUAUCGCUGUCAAAUGUGUGUGAAGUAUCCAAUAAAAAUUGAGCUUUUUAAAAUUAAACAGGAAGUUGUCUUCGUCUAACAGAAAUUCGGUGGAAUUGGAGGCAUCUGAUUUUGUUUGCUCCACAUACUAUGGCUCAAAAUAUUAACCCACACUACGCAUCAUCGUCAAAUCCAGCGAAACAAAAUGAAGAUACGAUAAAACUAAAAGAUAAUCAUGCUGUGAGCAAACGACUGCAAAAGGAAUUAAUGGAGUUGAUGCGCUGCGCUGACAAAGGUAUAUCUGCGUUCCCAGAGAGUGAGAACCUGUUCAAAUGGAUCGGCACAAUAAAUGGGCCUCAGGAUACAGUGUAUGCGGGCCACAAGUACAAACUAUCAUUAGAGUUCCCAAACUCGUACCCGUACGCCCCACCCAUGGUGAAGUUCAUCACUCCCUGCUUUCACCCCAAUGUAGAUACCUGCGGUUUAAUAUGUUUAGAUAUCUUGAAGGACAAGUGGACGGCAUUGUAUGAUGUCCGCACCGUGCUGCUGUCCAUCCAGAGUCUCCUAGCCGAGCCAAACACGCACAGUCCGCUAAACCAACAAGCAUCAUACCUGUGGCCAAACCAACCAGCGUAUAAGAAAUAUGUAGAUGAAUUUUACAAUAAGCACAGAGACUCAUAGUGGACUUGUGUUCUGUUUGUCAUCAUUAAAGAAAUACAUAUUUUUGAUUUUGCGUUGUAUUUUGUGUUGUGAGUUGAAUGUUUGCAUGAUUGUAAAGAGAUUGUGCUGACGAGUUCUUUUACCAUUCAUCUUCUUAUGUGGAUUCUAUUUUCUUAUGGCUUGUUAUAAUUUCACAUUUUGACUAAACUUGGCUAUGUGUAGAUAGUAAAUUAUAGGUGUUAAUGACUGUGAUAGUAUUACCUGAAUGCAUAAUAUCAAAAUUAUAUUGUAAAACCUAUAUACUAGUUGUUAAGGUACAAUAUCUAAUGUAUGGAUUUAAUGUUUCACCAAGAACUUGCUGUUAAUUUCCACUGAAUCAGACUCUGAAUGUGUACAAGUUAUUGUGUUAGCCAGUUAAUGUUCCCAGUUGGUAGAACUCGUCAGCUCAAUAGCUCAGCUGAUGGAGUUGUGUCUGUAAAAUGAGAUCACUGACAAUUAUAAUUCUUUAGUGCAAUUGA